AUGAGUUUCGCAAACAUGCUCAACAAGCUGUCCGGACAGCCGGAGAGCUACGAAAAGAAGGCUCUCUAUAAAUUCGGACGGACGCUGGGUGCUGGUACAUACGGAAUUGUUCGCGAGGCGGAUGCCACCGAUGGACAGAAGGUUGCGGUCAAGAUAAUUCUGAAGAAAAAUGUCCGUGGCAACGAGGGCAUGGUCCACGAUGAGCUUGAGAUGCUGCAAUCACUCCAACAUCCCCACAUUGUCUCUUUCGUCGACUGGUUCGAAUCUAAGGACAAAUUCUAUAUCGUUACACAGCUAGCCACCGGUGGCGAGUUGUUCGACCGGAUCUGCGAGUAUGGCAAGUUCACUGAGAAGGAUGCGUCGCAGACCAUCCGCCAGGUGCUUGAUGCUGUGAACUAUCUGCACAAGCGCAACAUCGUUCACCGGGACUUGAAACCCGAGAACCUCCUGUACCUCACCCGCUCCGCCGACUCUCAAUUGGUCUUGGCAGAUUUCGGUAUCGCGAAGAUGCUACACAGCCCCUCCGAGGUACUGACCAGCAUGGCCGGCUCCUUUGGAUAUGCUGCUCCCGAGGUCAUGCUCAAGCAGGGCCACGGCAAGGCCGUCGAUAUGUGGUCGCUCGGUGUCAUCACCUAUACCCUCCUGUGUGGCUACUCCCCCUUCCGAUCCGAGAACUUGACCGACCUCAUCGAAGAAUGCCGAACAGGCCGCAUCAUCUUCCACGAGCGGUACUGGCGCGAUGUGUCCCAGGACGCCAAAGAUUUCAUUCUCACUCUCCUGAAUACGGACCCCGCCAAGCGAGUUUCCUCCGAGGAAGCCCUCAAGCACGUAUGGCUGACCGGAGAGACUGCGAGUGACCGUGACUUGCUGCCUGAAAUCCGCACCUACAUUGCGCGUGCCCGUCUCCGCCGCGGAAUCGAGAUCGUCAAGCUCGCCAACCGUAUCGAGUCGCUCAAGAUGCACGAGGAAGAGGAUGGAGAUGCAGAGGAUAUCCCCAGUCCCAUGGACAUGGGCGACUCAACCGAAGAGCCAAGUGCAGCGGAGCCAUCAGUGCCAAGCGGCGAUGCCAGUCCUACCUCUGGCCAUGCUAAGAAGAAGAGUCUGGCCAGCGCUGCUCGCGGUGCUAUUUUCCGUGAAGUUGUUCUGGCUAAGGUUCGUGAGCAGAAGGAGACUGAGGAGCGGGAGAAGGUUGAACGUGAAGCUCGCGAGAAGGCUACUUCUUCGUAA